CCUGAAUCCCGCUUCCUUCUGCUUCUCAGGGAACCGACGGAGAGACUGUACUCGGGUUAUAUGGCGUUUGACUUGGAGUGGCAUGGGGUCAAAUCACCACAGGACUUUCACCAUCGUCUUGUACAGUCGCUUCAAGAUUUCGGCCGCUGUAUGAAGAAAUAUCCACUGGAGACGUGUGCUAAUUUCAAAUUUAAUAUGAGAUUAAGAGUAGGAAUGUAUUCUGUCUUCAUACGAGACUGGUUGAAGAGGUACCCACGGGAACAGAUCCACAUCCUAAGAACCGAAGACUGGGCUAAAGAUCCGGCAAAAGAACUGAGCAGGAUAUUCAUUUUCUUGGAAAUAGAUUCACUCUCUCAAGAAGCACUCUUCAACAUCACAUCAUCCUUCAGAGAGAAUCAGAGAAAGCAAGAGGACAGAUCACUGGGAAAAUUGCUCCCGGCAUCACAACAGUUACUUGACGAAUUCUACAAACCUUUCAAUGAAGAUCUAGCGCAGUUACUGCAAGAUAAAAAGUAUUUGUGGACUCAAUCAAUGUGACAGUACUGGCCCUGGUAUGGUCAUCCCAGCAAGCCAACAGCUUAUGUUACCAAUGGUAGUUCUCGUGGGUAAAACUGGCAUCCUCAAGAGCUAUCAGUCUUGUGAACCAUUAAACAAAGGUUGUUACAAGGUUGACGAGACAUAAAUUGUCGGUCUCGCUGGCCAUUGGUCUAGUGAACAGUGGGGAAAACAUUUUCAGCAGAUCAAUUGGCGUCUCGUGGCCCGUCGGUCUCGUAGUCUUUGGCCAGUCAAUGGUGGAGAUAAGGAAGAGAUCAGUAUGACACAUGUUUCCAAACGUUCGAAAGAAUUAUAUCGCCUACGCCCUACCGUUACCUUAAAAACAUGAAUCCAUAAUAUUUUUAAUGUAACUAUGAGUAUGAUAUCAGAACAAAUUGUUACAUAUAAUGACAUGGCUACAUUCAGCAAUAUGAAAUAAUGAAUAUACUGAAUUUAUAUUGAACGUGUAAUUGUAAUGCUGCGUUACGAAACAUGGCAUGUACGCGCUUACCUUUUAAAAUAUUCCUUAGAUUUUAUUAUGGUUACAUUCAGAAUAGACCAGUCCCAUUAAUGGAAAAUGAAUCCCGUUCCCAAAUGCUUUCUUCGAUUCCUGAAAAGUCAAUUUAUUUCGUCAGAUGUUGUCAAUCAAUCAAUCAAUAAAUCAGUCAAUCACCAUUUAUGACAAAACGCGUUUUCUAUGUUUACAUGUUUAUGUAUGAAUUGAUAAACGACAAUAAAUAAAAGCUGCCAGCUCUUUACUCAGCAUCGAUUAAAAAGUAAAUCUUGAUAAAGCCAUCCUAAUAGAAUACGUUUGUCUAAAUAAAUAUUUGCCCCGUUAAAUCAAUAUUAUU